CCAUCUCUAUAAUCUAGCAUUGGAUUGCACACAGGUAGUUGUGCGAUUAGCCCAAUCAUAGGAAUGAGCAUUCGGCUCAGAACCUGCAGUUGAGAUCGGCAGCCAUAGUCAGCAUGAAGAACACCGGAAAACUAAAGGGAAAGACCCUGUUCAUCACCGGCGCAUCCCGGGGAAUCGGAAAGGCCAUCGCCCUCAAGGCGGCCCGUGAUGGAGCUAAUAUAGUCAUAGCAGCCAAGACCGCCGAGCCCCAUGCCAAGCUGCCCGGAACCAUAUACACGGCUGCGGAGGAGAUCGAGCGGGCCGGUGGUAGAGCGCUCCCCUGCAUUGUUGACGUGCGCGACGAGCGGCAGGUGCAGCAGGCCGUGGAGGCGGCGGUGGCCAAGUUCGGAGGCAUCGACAUCGUGGUGAACAACGCCAGCGCCAUCUCCAUUACGGGCACCCUCGAGACAGAGAUGAAGCGCUACGAUCUUAUGCAGAACAUCAACACCCGGGGAACCUUCCUAGUAUCAAAGACUUGCCUGCCUUAUCUGCUGAAAAGCGAAAACCCUCACAUUCUGAACCUUGCGCCCCCGCUGAACAUGAGUGCCAAGUGGUUCGCCAACCACACCGCCUACACCAUCGCCAAGUACGGGAUGUCCAUGUGCGUGCUGGGCAUGGCGGAGGAGUUCCGCACCCAGGGAGUGGCCGUGAAUGCCCUCUGGCCCCGCACCAUGAUCCACACGGCGGCCGUUGAGAUGCUCCACGGAUCGGAGGGGGCUCUGUACUCCCGGACGCCCGAGAUAAUGGCCGAUGCGGCCUACAUUAUAUUUUGCCGUGACUCCAGGGAGUACACUGGCAACUUCUUUGUGGACGACGAGGUGCUGAUGGACGUGGGCGUCAGGGAUCUCGCAAAGUACGCAUGCUAUCCGGAGAAUAUUCACCUGUUGUCUACGGAUAUUUUCCUAGAUGAAGCUGGACCCUCGGCCAAGCUGUAAGGCUUUUCCAAAAACGUAAUUAUACUUACUUGCGGCUUGAUAAGAUGUAUAUAUGUAUGCUUAUAUUUUGUUUAGUAAAUAAAGGUACUUAACCUUUACCAACCCGA